CUGACUCCCAUGACUUAUUCUAUGCGGAUUCUCCAACAAAGUCCAGAACUACAGAAGGUGGCACUAGAUCUGGUUAUGCGAAGUACAGUAGCAUAAUUACCCUUCAUAAAUCCGCAUAUACAGUAAUAGAAGAUAAAAAACGAUCAGAGCAAUUAAUUGCAAGAGAAGCUACCGUCGACGGAUCUUGUUCUAUGAUUGACCGAGAAUCAAUAAUCCAAGAAGGAAUUGUUGUGAUAGAAAACGUUUACUUGAAUAUUAGCAACAAAGCAGAAAAAGGAAAAUCUUCUUCUCUUGUAUCACUAACAAAGAAAUCAAAAUAUUCUAAUGUUAAAUCACGUGUCGGUUCAUUAGACAAUAUUAAACAUGUACCAAAACAGGCUGACAACAAAAUCUUUGACGAGAAACCAAACUUUUCAAAUAUCAAACCACGUAUCGGUUCAUUGGACAAUAUCACACACACACCAAAAUCAGGAGACGUAAAAAUUUUCGACGAGAAAGUCGACUUCACAAAUGUCAAGCCACGCAUCGGUUCAUUGGACAAUGUCACACAUACACCAAAAUCAGGAGGCGUAAAAAUUUUCGACGAGAAAGUCGACUUCACAAAUGUCAAGCCACGCAUCGGUUCAUUGGACAAU